UCUGUGUGUCUGAACUGUGCAGGUUUUAGAGGACAGUCACUCCACACCUGGAGCUGCGUUUGCACACGCUGUAAAAGAGAAGUUUUCCUUCCGGAGGGCAGGCAGGAGAUAAAAAGAGGAGGGAGUAACGAGCUACCUGUGACCGGAGAUGAUGAGGAGAAUGUGGGGAAAUGAUCCUAACGGACUCGUCUGAUGGGGAAAGAUUGACUGGGAUGUAAACACGGAUCAUUGAUCUCUAAUCAGGAGUGUUUUCCGGCACCACGAUGACGCCACGUGAGAGCUUCCUCCGAACUCACCUGCUCCUCCAGCUCCUCCUCCCCCUCACCCUGUCCGUCCUCCACCCUCCUCACCAUCCGCCCGUCCACCUCCCCACGCUGGUCCCUCACACUCCGACGCCUCUCACCCGGUCUCGCUUCAGCGCUCAGACUCAGCUGGACUUCACCACCCACUGCAACUCCAGCUGUUUCCACAGAGAGCAGGAGGAGCAGCUGUCUGAGAAACUGGCAUUUGAGACUCUGUACUCCGACGGCUCCCGCACCCUCACUACGGUGGACUUGGAGGGGGAUGAUGACUUUGAAGGAGACGCACUUGACCUACGCCACCCACCGUCCAGGAGAGUCGUGGGAGUGAAGCCCAGGCACAAGCGUGUGAGGCGGCAGAUCUACGGAGCAGACGGACGAUUUAACAUCCACGGAGACAACUUCCUGUUGGACUACCCGUUCUCCACAGCCGUGCGGAUCUCCACGGGCUGCACCGGCGUCCUCGUGUCUCAGCAGCACGUCCUCACAGCUGCUCACUGUGUACAUGAUGGGAAGGAUUAUGUCAACGGGGCGCGGAAGCUCAGGGUGGGCUUCCUGAUCCCUCCAUCCAUCAACGGCACCAAAAACGGCCUUACUUCUGCCAAGAAGCCUGUGGUUCGCUGGGUGCGAGUGAAACGCACCCGUGUGCCAAAGGGCUGGAUCCAGGGCCCUCAGGAGAUCAGCAUGGACUUUGAUUACGCCCUGCUGGAGCUGCGUUGGCCUCACCAACGCCCCUUCAUGCGGCUCUCGGUGGCUCCCUCCUCCGAUGAUCUGGCGGGGAAUCGCAUCCACUUCUCUGGUUUUGACAGCGACAGGCCCGGGGAGCUGGUGUAUAGAUUCUGUCCGGUGGAAGAAGAGUCCAGCGACCUGAUAUACCAGCACUGUGAUGCCCGACCCGGAGCUAGUGGCUCGGGCGUGUAUGGGCGAGUGUGGGACAACAGCUUAGAGCGCUGGGAGAGGAAGGUCAUUGGCAUAUUCUCUGGACACCAGUGGCUGGAGAUAGACGGAGAGAACCGGGAUUACAAUGUGGCCGUUCGCAUCACUCCUCUGAAGUUUGCUCAGAUCUGUUACUGGGUGCACGGAAACCGACUAGACUGUGUCCAGGACUGAGAAAGGCCAAAGCACAGUGUGAAAAACACAAGAAAGCACAAAGUGACUGAGUAAAAACAGGGUGAAAUGUGUUAUUUCUCCUAAAGAAAGAAGAGUGAAAGAGGCUUGAAUCCAUGCAGGACUAUCACCUUCAGUGAGCUACCAGUAAAGCAGGUCUAAUUCUCUUCUGUAUUUAAUUUACGUCCUGUAACCUCUGGGCCUAUUAAACUAAUCUGCCUGUGAGAUCAUCACUACGGCAUCUUUUAAUAAGUUUUAGCCCGCAGUCAGAUUAAUAACGCAGUCAGUGUUUCCACAGUGUUAACAGAAGCCACUUUUUACAAGAGGGAAAGAAACACUUUUUCUCAUGUGUCAGUAGCAGCAGAUUAUUUUCCAACUGUGGAUGACCGUAAUCUACUGAGGAUGUAUUUUCAUCUUUCUUGCUCUCGCUCUGGGAACAUGUUUUGGUAUUUUGAUAGCUCUUCAAGGAUCAUUCAGCUGCUUCUGCUCCAGCCUGCAUUCAGACUGUAGUUUACUGCUGCUUUCAGCCUUCAGCAGAUAGUAUAGUCUUCUCAGUGGGGAAUGGAGACACAGAGUGUUAAUUUUAUUUUUUGAAAAAUGCUUGAUAUAUUUUAAUAAACAGAGAUUUAUAACAAG